GAAUGUUUCGUUUCUAUCAAUAAUAGGAACAAUUUGCUUUAAGUUCACUUUUUCUCUACGUCUCGUGGGGAAGGAUUUUGCUGCUCUUUAUUUGAAGAUAAAUUUAAUGCAAAUUAUAAUUUAUUUUUAAAUAAAAAUCAGUGCAAAUCACAACAGCAGCUAUUUUCAAAAUAAAAAUUCAUCUAUAAAAAACAAAAAAACAAUAAAAUAAAAUGGAUAACAUUCAGGGAAAUGAGCAUCAACCACAACAACGUUCCGGAUUUGCACCGCGACGACAAUAUGAUGAUCUUGGACCGUCGGUGCUUACCGGUUUGGAUAACAUAACAAAUGGUCAUAUGCAAACUCCAAAAAUCGAGCUGGCAUCGAGACCCAUGAAAUCUAAAAAGGAUAAAAUAGCAGAUUUAACUGCUGCAACCAGCAAAUUAGCUAUAGAGGAGUUAAGAUUGACCGAUAGCAACGGACUCGCUAUGAAAACACCGGUUUCCAUUUUACAAGAGCUCUUGAGUCGCCGUGGAAUAACUCCCAACUAUGAGUUGGUACAAAUCGAGGGUGCCAUUCACGAACCCACAUUUCGUUAUCGUGUCGCUUUUAAUGACAAGGAUGUGCCCUUCACAGCAAUGGGCGCGGGACGCUCUAAGAAAGAGGCUAAACAUUCAGCUGCACGUGCACUAAUCGAUAAGUUAACUGGAGUACAGUUGCCCGAUGCAAACCAAUCAUGUGCUGGAGUUGGAAUUGCUACAGUAAUUGGUGGUAUUACAGCUACAAAUGUAGCCAACGAAGCCAAUGCAAAUGCAGUUGGAAGUGGCGACGGAGCCGACAAAAUUGUGGGAAAUCCUAUAGGUUGGUUACAGGAGAUGUGUAUGUCGCGUCGCUGGCCACCACCAACUUAUGAAACCGAAACUGAGGUCGGUUUACCACACGAACGGCUUUUUACAAUCGCCUGUUCAAUUCUUAACUAUCGUGAAGUUGGAAAGGGCAAAAGUAAGAAAAUCGCCAAACGUCUAGCAGCACAUAAAAUGUGGACUCGCUUGCAAGAAAAUCCACUGGACAACAAUCAGAUAUCGGAGGCAAUGCGUAACGAUCUCGACGGUGAUAAUCGUAACUGUUCUAGCUAUUAUGGUGAUUUGAAAGAUAUCACUGUGCCUACAUUAACGAGCCAGCAUAGUAAUAAGGUCUCACAGUUCCACAAAACACUUAAAAAUGCUACCGGAAAAAAAUUAUUGAAGUUGCAGAAAACGUGUCUAAAAGGUCCCAAAAUUGAUUAUGUCAAGUUAUUGUCGGAGAUUGCCAAUGAGAAUCAGUUUGAAGUUACUUAUGUUGAUAUAGAGGAGAAGACCUUUACAGACCAAUGUCAAUGUUUGGUUCAGCUUUCCACUUUGCCGGUCGGUGUAUGUCAUGGUUCUGGACCAACAGCAGCUGAUGCACAGAAGCAGGCUGCGCAAAACGCAUUGGAAUACUUAAAAAUUAUGACAAAGAAAUAAAUUUGAUUGAUAAAGUAAUAACAUUUGGCAGUUGUAAAAGAUAUACAAUCUUAUAAUGAAAAAUCAAAUAUAAGAUGGUAGUGCUAACAAACAUUUGAUGUCCAGUGUCUACAAAGGUGAAAUUUUUAAGUGUAUUUCUGCUUAAGGACGGGAGGCUAACAGCAUUGUUUAAAAAAAGGAAGAAGAAUUGGAAAUUUUCAAUGUUUUAAUUUCAAACUAAAUAUUUAAUUGUAAAAUUAUUUUUAGAAAUAGUCUUUGUUUUCCAUCGAAAGACAAUUUUCUUAAUUAUAAAUAAAGCUAAAAUUGUAUAAUUAAACAUUUUGUUGGAUGAGGUAUUAAAAAAUAAAAAUUAUAAUUUCAUUGCAUUGUUAUCAAACCGAAUUAUAAGUUUUUAAUAUACUAAAUCCAAUCAUUAAAUACAAUAACAAUAUUAUACAAAAAAGAAAACAAAACAACACAAAAGUGAAAACUAAAGGGUUAAAAAAUUAUAUAUGUAUGUAUGUAUAUAAUUAAAAAAAUACACAAUGUUUGUCAGAAGCUGGUUAAGGAUAUGACAUAUGAACAUGAGCAAGACAUGGCCCAUAAUAAAUCGCACUCACUUUAAAAAAAACACAUUUUUUUAUUAUAUAUAUAUGUGUUCGUAAAGAACUGUUCGAAAUCUGCAAACUAUAUACAAAUUACAUAUAUAUACAAGAUCACGAUAUGGACACAAUAAGAAUUAGUUUUAAUAUUUAUUGAAGAAAAAUUGAAUAAAUUACAAUUUCAGAUAAUAUA